AUGCUGCUCUCACCGGAUGAAUUUCCAUCGCCAGAAGCCCUCAACUUCUACGUCGUUUAUUGUCAAGUUAUUUUUUGUGUGACGACAAUAGUUGUAAUCUUCACAUUAGUCGUCAUGACCAUAUGUAAGUCAUCUAUUAGCAAUAUUUAUUUUAAAAUCUAGCUUCCACCCAGUCCAUGAGAGUCUAUCACUACUAUUUGGUCAACGAGAUUGUAUGGUCCUACCUAUGCGACGCGAUUUGCAGCGGCUCGGCGUUGAUUGCCAUGCAGCCUCUACCCUGCCUAGCGUUUCUUGGCGGACUGAGUCCGUUUGCCAGCUCACAGCCGCGCGUAAUCGCGGCGGUGGCAAUUUUCAUCAUCAGUGGUCGGUCGGCAGCGAUAUGUUUGCAAUGUUUCUAUCGGGUCUUCCAAUCGGUUCCACCGCAAAUGUCAGCAUAUCGGGUUUUGUAUAGACUGUUCAACGACUACGUUGUCUUGGCCUUUCUUGUGUUCACGAUGAUCGUUUUUGCCACUCUUUGGGUGAGUGAAGCCUUAAGCAAACCAUAAGCUUUACUUGUCGCCGUUCGACAGGGUUUUAGCGUGGCCGUGCACUAUGCAGGCACAUGAGAAGUCUGCUUGGCCCGCCUAGUGUGUGGCCGUCUCUAACAGGGGAAGUGCUUAGAGUCUGACUCCACAAUUAGAGGUGACAAUCGGGUUGGGAAAGUUUGAAAAAGCCUGCCUGUAGCUGACCAAAAAUUACGGGUGAGAGGUCGGCUAAAAAGAUAUGUCCAAAAAGCACUAUCCCCUUUAUCGUUCUCCCAGUUUUGCGUACCCUCUCGGCCGCGAAAAUCGUUGGAUUUGGUGACAAAUAUAUUAUACAUUUUUACAGGUACCGAUGUCAAUUUUCUUUCCCGACCAAGACCAGCAAAAGCAACUGCUCCUCGACACCGACCCAACAUUGCAAACGAUAUACACUCGUCUUCCGCAUAUUAUUUGUUUUGCCGGUGGCACGCGGAUAGGCGGCAGUUUGACCAUGGCAAUAGCACUGCUGAUCCUCAUCCCCGCUAUUGGGAUUUUUAUGGUUUAUUUGCUCUAUCGACAAUUGAAGCGGAGCAAACGCCCUGAAAAGACGAUCCAUUUGCAUUUGAUGCUGCUACGAUCCUUGGCCAUACAAGCUUUUGUCUUGUUCAUGUUCAUUGUUGUGCCAGCGUACAUUUUAAUCCUCUUGCCGAUGUUCGGGAUGAGGUCGGCGCCGAAAUUGUCCAUGUGCUGCGCGGUUGUCUAUUUUCUGGAGACCAAUAUGGAAUGUCUCAUGUUAUUGUGGUGUGUGAAGCCGUACAGAGAAGGAUGUUUGCGGGUUUUUCGAAUUGGAAAGGCAGAGAUCCCUUCGCUUCUGGUCAGGUCUUCAUCGAAUUAA